GAAUGACAAAUGUGUUGUUUAUUUCCAUCUUCGAUAAUUUUCUGAUCAGAUUCUCAAAUACUUCUUUCUGAUAUACAUUGUUUUCAUAGCUAGUCUAUUUUGUUUAAAUGGAUUUUCCUGCCACACCAGCAAAUGCAUCAGAUAGCAACGACUAUUCAGGGGCAACACCUUUGCAAUUUGAUGCAGCACAUGACAACAACAAACGACGCAGCUCCUCCAGAUCAAUAAAGAGAAGACGUUUUGAUGAUGAACUUGUUGAGUAUAGCUUAGGCCUACCAGGGGCUUCGCUAGGUAAAAACGAGAAAAGAAUGCGAACACAAUCGUAUACUAGUAAUUUGCCCGAGUUUCCUCCCGUCGGAACUACUCCACUAACUCCGGUUGCUCCAACACAAGAAAGGCGACGAGCUUCAAGUAAAAUUUCGGGUGGAGGAAGCUUAGUACGAAAGCCGCGACGCAAGGGACAACUUAGUCAAUUAUCGACUAAAGACUUGGGGAGAUGGAAGCCAACCGAUGAUUUGGCUUUGAUAUUGGGAGUACAACAAACAAAUGAUCUUCGUAUAGUUCACCGAGGAGUAAAGUUCACUUGCCGCUUUACUGUGGGUGAGCUACAAUCUCGGUGGUAUGCUCUGCUGUAUAAUGCUGAAGUGUCACGCGUGGCAAUUGCAGCAAUGCGCAACCUGCAUCCUGACCUAGUAGCAGCUGUCCAACAACAAGCCUUAUAUUCUACAGCUGAAGAGGAUUUACUAGGAACUUUACCUAGUAAUUCCCAUCCAGCUCCAGAGAAAUUCCAAGAGUUGUUAGAACAAAACCCCCAUGUUUUCUAUCCUACAAGAACUGCUAAAUCACUGAUGGCUCACUGGCAAUUGUUGAAACAAUAUCAACUACUCCCUGAUCAAACUGUGCAACCAUUACCCAAAGGACAAAAUGAAAAUAUUGUGACAUUCUCUGAUGCGGAGGAAACCAUGAAUGAUACAGAACUGCCAGAUUAUAAAGAAGAUGGCAUUGAUGUUGAAAUGCAACUAGCUGACAGGAUAGAAAAGAAAGACAUCCGACUGCUGGAGAACUCUCUGUCCCGCUGGCAGGUGCUGGUGCAGUCGGUGGCAGGCGGUAGCGUGGAGCUGGACAAAAACACGCUGGCCGUGCUGCGUGGCCGUCUUGUGCGCUACCUCAUGCGCUCCCGGGAGAUCGCGGUCGGUCGGAGCACCAGAGACCAUACCAUCGAUGUGGACCUGAGCUUGGAAGGUCCUGCCGCGAAGGUGUCAAGGAAGCAAGCGACUAUUCGUUUGCGUAAUAGCGGAGACUUUUUCAUGUCGUCGGAGGGAAAAAGACCGAUUUUCGUCGACGGCCGUCCGGUACUCCAAGGGAACAAAGUGAAACUCAAUCACAAUAGUGUUAUUGAGAUCGCGGGACUUCGCUUCGUGUUUCUGAUUAACCAAGAACUGAUCAGCGCCAUACGACAAGAAGCUGUCAAAGUAAACAUACCUGUAUAAAUUAAACAAAUAAAGGA